UGCUUGGUGCAGACAGACGCCAAGCUCGAGAACACCAAGCCUGCUCCUCUGGUCUAGGAACAACCUUCUCCUUCUCAGUAAGGGGCAUCUCAGUGUGGCAGCGGGAGGCUGGACGUUCUGUGAUAUGUUCUGGGGCCUUUGUUCACCUGGCUGUGCUCAAUGACCAGAGAAUCUGCAUCUAAACCCUUAAGGGUUCUCCAGGUCAAGUGAGUAGCAAACCGUUUUCAGAGCUCACCUAAGGCCACUUACAGGAAGAGGCAAUGUUGGCUUCUGACUCCCUGGCCAGCGCACUCUCUACUCCACCAAGUGAUGAAUGGAGUAAGAAGUCAGAAGACCUAUGGAAAGUGAAAUGCAGCGAGGCCAUCCUGAACUACUCGGGCAAUCAAAUACCUUCUCUUCACUGAGGGGAUUCAGGCAGGAUGCUUCAAUCCCGAGACCAGGGAUGAAUUGCUACAAAGAUGUGAAAGGCACCAUCUACGAUUAUGACGCCAUCACUCUUGAUGGGAGGGAAAAAAUUCAGUUCAAAGAUUAUUUUGGCAAGCAUGUCCUUUUUGUCAAUGUGGCCACCUAUUGUGGACUGACAGCUCAGUAUCCUGAGCUGAAUGUGCUUCAGGAUGAGCUGAGGUCCUUUGGUCUAGUAGUGUUGGGCUUUCCCUGCAAUCAAUUUGGCAAGCAGGAACCAGGAGAGAACUCAGAGAUCCUUCCAGGGCUAAAGUAUGUCCGUCCAGGGAGAGGAUUUGUCCCAAAUUUCCAGCUUUUUGAGAAAGGGAAUGUGAAUGGUGAAAAGGAACAAAAGGUCUUUACCUUCCUGAAGCACGCCUGUCCUCACCCCUCGGAGUUUUUGGGCAUGUUAAAACACAUAACCUGGGAACCUGUAAAGGUCCAUGACAUCCGCUGGAAUUUUGAAAAGUUCCUGGUGGGGCCUGAUGGCGUCCCUGUCAUGCGCUGGUCUCACCUGACUACCGUCGGCUCUGUGAAGGCAGACAUCCUGGCCUACCUGAAGCAGUUCAAAGUGAAGUAGGAAGGCUGAAUGGGGGUGUGGGCCAUGCAGCCUCUUGCCUGAAGGCUUGUUCAAAGCAGCCCAUCUUCUCACCACCACCUCUUCCCACAUCCAAAUGGCCUCCACUGGACCAAAUCACCUCUCUGCUGUCGAAGUUCCCACUUCCUCCCACAUAGACCUGUUCGAAAGCUCCUGCCACUUCUCCUUACAAGAGAAUGUGGAUGAAGAACAAAAGAAUGGAAAUCCUAAAUCCUCAGACCUCGUUAAACAUUUAAUGGCUCCAGUCCAUCAAAGGAAAACCAUGCCAGCAGCUCCUGAAAAUGUCCCCAGACUUCCUGACUCCCCCUCCUUUCUCUCUCUACCUUGCAGGUGUAGACACAGCAACAGGAAGGUCAUCGCACAACUUACGUUCCACUUUAUAACACGCCUCCAUCCCCAGGACAAACGCAUGCGUCAUUUUCCAACUCUUUUCAGCUCAGUGUUGGCCGAGGACACCCCUCCUGGAAAGCCCUUGUCAAUGCCAUGCCCCUGCAGGAGCCCCAAGGUAGAGUGGGCGCAGGAAAGCACCUCACGUGAAGUAAGGGCAUCUCUGUCAUAGUGGGGCCCAGAGCCCCUCUGAUUUGGAGUCUGAAAGCUGUCCCUGCUGUUUGAUGCUCAGUGCUCUGAGGUCAUGAUGCCUGGCAGGGCCGCUUUCCCUCUCUACCCAAGACUCCUCGUGUCAGAACCAGCCUUGCCACUGUUGCCAAUAAAAUAAUUUCUGCAGCA